CAUGACUGACGCUCGUUCACACAGUCUACGGUUUCACAAUCCGGAGUUUCAGCGCCCUCGCGCGGCCUCCUGGAGGAACUCCUCCCCCAGACUGAAAGGAGCAGCAGGGUUGCCGAAUUGCAACUAAUUCACCUUUAAAAGACUUUUAAAGAAACCCAGAAUCCAUUGAUAUUUCCUGAUUUAUUCAGGUGGUUUUAUUUGUCUAGAUAUUAUUACAUUUGUAAAUUAAACUGAAUGCAGUGAAAUGCGCCGCGCAGUGCUGUGUGACGUAUGAGCACAUGUAUGCUCAGGGUUGCCAGAUAUCCUGCAUACCUGCGCCUCAAAAACCGCACACAAGAAGGCCCAAAAACAUCCGGUCACUGCUGGCUGACAUUUAGGCAUUUAUCCCGACACUAUAUAUAUAUUUUUAAAAAAGAUAAAUGGUUCUGUACUUUGUAGAUACAAUGCCUGCACGUUACCAUAACCUGUGCAUACACCUACAGGCUGUGGCUCAGGUGGUAGAGUGGGUUGUCCACUAAUCGUACGGUUGGUGGUUCGAUUCCCGGCCCACGUGACUCCACAUGCCGAAGUGUCGAGUGGGGUUCAGUUUCUUGGGCAAGAAACUGAACCCCAAGUUGCUCCUGAUGGUAAGCUAGCGGCCUGCAUGGCAGCUCUGCUACCACUGGUGUGUGUGUGAAUGAGAACCAUUGUAGAACCUUUAAGGUUAAUAAAGGAUAUUAAGGUUAAUAUAAGUGCAGACCAUUUACAUUCUUCUGAUGUGCCUUAUUGACUAUUUUGAUGCUAACUGUGUCUGUCUCAGUUUUUAUGUUAAAAAAACCCAUUGUCUCAAACCACACAUUUGCCAGUUCAAAUCUUAAAAGCAUCAGGUGAAAAGUCUAAUCGCUUUUCUAUGUAAUGAUGUGAUGAGGAACAAAAAUAUGAUGAACACACCAAUGUGUUUGUGUGUGUGCAGUAUACACACCAUUAUAGCACAACAAUGUGAUUUUGAUAUUUAUAGAACGGCGUAACUUUGACAAGAACAUCUACAGUAUGUGUAGAUUGCAGCUCAUGUCUUCACACUUUGACCACAAGAAACCACUGAUGCUCCUCCUCUAAAGUUUAACUUCCUCUGACUUCCUUUCUUGACAGCAUCACAUUUAAUUCACUUCACACAGAGUACAGAGCUGCAGCCUGUCAGUCACGUCCACACGGAGACGCAGUCAUUUCGUGCAUUAGUGAAUCUUUUAUAGAUUACAGAUGUUUCAUCGUUCUUCUGACCGAGUGGAGAUGGUGGUGGAGAUCUAUGAGAGUACAGACACUGUUAGAGGUCACGACCCCGACACAGAGAAGGAAGGCGGUGACACAAAGAAAGCCCCAGACACAGAUCCAAACACAGGAGGAGACACUGCAUGGAGCAGGUGUUACAGAGUGACUGCAGUGUGUGUGGUGCUGCUGUGUGUUCUCCUGCUGACUGCCGUCACGGUGCUGUGGAUCAAAUUCACCAUCCUGAAUACAGAAAACAACCGUUUACAGACCAGUUACAACAACCUGACUAUAGAGAGAGACCAGUUACAGACCAGUUACAACAACCUGACUAUAGAGAGAGACCAGUUACAGACCAGUUACAACACCCUGACUAUAGAGAGAGACCAGUUACAGACCAGUAACAACAACCUGACUAUAGAGAGAGACCAGUUACAGACCAGUUACAACAACCUGACUAAAGAGAGAGACCAGUUACAGACCAGGUACAACACCCUGACUAUAGAGAGAGACCAGUUACAGAGGGAGAGAGAUGGAUACUGGAGUACACAUGAUCUGUGUUAUAAAGAGAGGUGUUUCAGCUUCAACUCCAGUUUUUACUACAUGUCUAAUGAGAAGAAGAACUGGGAGGAGAGCAGACAGGACUGCAGGGACAAAGGAGCAGACCUGGUGAUCAUAAACAGCAGAGAGGAACAGGUGUUCAUCGGUAAUCAGCUGGGCAGCAGUCGGGCUUGGAUUGGUCUGAGUGACAGAGCUGCAGAGGGAGAGUGGAAAUGGGUGGACGGUACAUCACUGACCACUGCGUUCUGGGCUGAACGGGAACCGAAUAAUACAGAUGAUGAGGACUGUGCUGAGAUUUUCAGUUUAAAUGGGAACUUUUGGAAUGAUGAGAAAUGUUCUAAUAAUGAACACUGGAUCUGUGAGAGACGUGUUUCUCAGUGACGUGUAUCAUUUCAUAAUCAAAAGCACAUGCACAAAUUGAACCAGUUAUAUAAAAAGUAUAAAAGACAGUAUUUGAUGAUGAUGAUUGUGUUUCAGUUUCUUGUCAUGAAAAAUUAUUCAGGUUAAAAAACAUUUUAAAUAAAAAAUUUUAUAGAA